CCCCUCCGGCGGUGGGUGGUCGGAGCCAGCUUUAGCGCAGACUCAGUAGGCGAAAGGGACCGAGUCGGUGAGGCCGGAUCGCCAGUUGCCGAAAUCAUGUCGGAUUAUGGAAAUUACAAUCAGCCUGGAGCUCAAGCACAAAGCUAUGGUGGCUACAGUGGACAGUCAAGCCAAAGAUAUGGACAUGCCUCACAGGGUUAUGGUGGCUAUGAGCAGUCUGGUGGUGCAUCUGGAUAUGGACAAGGCCAAAGUGGGUAUGGUUCAAGUUAUGGACAAGCGCAGUCAGGGUUGAAUUCAGGGUCUUCAACAUCAGGCUAUGGACAGAGUGGACAAUGCUAUGGACAGAGUGGACAAGGCUCUGGAAAUGAAGGUUCUCGUAAUACUUAUGGACAACACCAGAUGUACGGCAGUUAUGGCCAGCAUUCUGAUUCCCCCAGCAGUUAUGGCUCAAAAUCGGAAACAGAGUAUAGUUCCCAGUCAAGCCAAUCAAGUUACAGCCAGUCGACCUCCUACCAUCCACCACAUGAGGGCUAUGGCCAGCAGAGACCAGGAGAUGACUACGAGCAGGAUAGACCUGGGAGGAGUAAAUUUGGAGAUGACAACCGAAAUUUUGGCAGGCAACAAGGUAGAGGUCGUGGAGGAUACAGCCAUGGUGGAUAUGAAAAUGACAGAGGGGAACGUGGUAGAAUGGGCAGUGGUGACCGUGGUGGCUUCAAUAAUUUUGGUGACUCAAGAGAUCAUGGACAAGGUCCUAAUCCUGCCUCUGAUGAUAACUCUGAUAACAACACCAUUUUUGUCCAGGGCUUGGGAGAUAAUGUGACAACUGAACAAGUUGCUGAGUUCUUUAAACAAAUUGGUGUGAUUAAGACUAAUAAGAAAACUGGAAAUGCCAUGAUCAACCUCUAUACCGAUAAGGUGACAGGCAAACUGAAAGGUGAAGCAACAGUGUCUUUUGAUGACCCGCCAUCAGCAAAAGCAGCAAUUGAUUGGUUUGAUGGGAAGGAUUUCCAUGGAAACAUAAUAAAAGUUUCAUUCGCAACAAGACGAUCAGAGUUCGUACGAGGUGGCAGAGGUGGUCGUGGAGGUGGCCAUAUGAGUAGAGGACAUGGUCGUGGUUUUCGUGGUGGUGGUGGUGGUGGUGGUCCGAGAGGUGAUGAUUGGACUUGCCCAAAUCUAUCUUGUGGUAAUGUCAAUUUCUCAUGGAGAAAUGAAUGCAACCAGUGCAGAACACCCAGAGUGGAUGGUGGAGGUGGUGGUGAAUAUCGUGGCAGAAGUGGAUUCAGGGGCCGUGGGGGUAGAGGUGGAGAUCAUGGUUUUGGUUCUGGAAGAAUGGGCGGAGGAAGAAGUGAUCACAGAAUGGAUCGACGCGACAGGCCUUACUGAAAGCAUCUGAGCUACAAGAUUUUUUUAGUGGUGCUUUACCAUUGAUGCAGUGUAAUGUACUUUUUCACUAUGUAUUUGAAGAUGAAGAUUAAACAAUUUUUAAUAA